GCAGGCGGCCGCGACGAGGAAGCGGAAGAGGCGGCCAUGGAGUUGGCGGACUCGGAGGCGGCGGUCCCUUCGCCCGAGGCUCCCACGCUGGCCGAGUCUGCGCCGGCGGAACCGGGCGGCCUCCCUGGGUUAGUCGACCAGUUGGUGCCAUCUCGAGGUUCCUCAUCCAGAGUCAUAGUGCACGUGGAUCUGGAUUGCUUUUAUGCGCAAGUAGAAAUGAUCUCACAUCCAGAAUUAAAGGGGAAACCUUUAGGAGUAUUUAUUCUUGUAGGAGUUCAGCAGAAAUACUUGGUGGUGACUUGCAACUAUGAAGCUAGGGAACUUGGAGUUAAGAAACUUAUGAAUGUCAGAGAUGCAAAAGAGAAGUGCCCACAGCUGAUAUUAAUCAAUGGAGAGGACCUGACUCGUUACAGGGAAAUGUCUUACAAAGUUACAGAAUUGUUGGAAGAAUUUAGUCCCAUUGUUGAGAGACUUGGAUUUGAUGAGAAUUUUGUGGAUCUAACAGAAAUGGUUGAGAAGAGACUCCAGCACCUUCAAAGCAAUGAACUUUCUGCAGUGACAGUGUCUGGUCAUGUAUACAAUAAUCAAUCUGUGAACCUCCAUGAUAUCAUGCAUAUGAAACUACUUGUUGGAUCGCAGGUAGCAGCAGAGAUGCGGGAAGCCAUGCAUAAUCAGUUGGGGCUCACUGGCUGUGCUGGAGUCGCUUCUAAUAAACUAUUAGCAAAAUUAGUUUCUGGUGUCUUUAAACCAAAUCAACAAACAGUCUUAUUACCUGAAAGUUGUCAAGAUCUCAUUCAUAGUUUGAAUCACAUAAAGGAAAUGCCUGGUAUUGGCUAUAAAACUGCAAAACGUCUUGAAGUCCUGGGAAUCAAUAGUGUGCAUGAUCUCCAAACCUUUUCAUCCAAAAUAUUAGAAAAGGAAUUAGGAAUUUCAGUUGCUCAGCGUAUCCAGAAGCUCAGUUUUGGGGAGGAUAACUCUCCUGUCAUGCCCUCAGGACCACCUCAGUCCUUUAGUGAAGAAGAUUCAUUUAAAAAAUGUUCAUCAGAAGUAGAAGCUAAAAAAAAGAUUGAAGAACUCCUUGCUAGCCUUUUGAACAGGGUAUGCCAAGAUGGAAGGAAGCCCCAUACAAUACGAUUAGUAAUCCGUCGGUAUUCUUCUGAGAAGCACUACAGUCGGGAGAGUCGUCAGUGUCCUAUUCCAUCCCAAGUCAUUCAGAAGUUAGGGACAGGAAAUUAUGACGUGAUGACCCCAAUGGUUGAUAUACUUAUGAAACUUUUUCGAAAUAUGGUGAAUGUGAAGAUGCCAUUUCACCUUACUCUUCUAAGCGUGUGCUUCUGCAACCUAAAAGCCCAAAAUACUGCUAAGAAAGGACUUAUUGAUUACUAUCUAACACCUUCAUUAUCAACAACUACACACUCUGGCAAGCGCAGCUUUAAAAUGAAAGACACUCAUAUUGAAGAUUUUUUCAAAGAAAAAGAAACAAACUCGAAUUUUCUACCAAGUAGAAGAAUUGAAAGUACAAAAACUGGGGAGUCUCCACUGGACACUGCAAAUGUUUCUAACGAAAAAGAUGUGAAUGAAUUCCCACUCUGUUCACUUCCUGAGGAGAUAGACCAAGAAGUCUUUAAGCAGCUUCCUGCAGAUAUUCAAGAAGAAAUCCUUUCUGGAAAAUCUAGAGAAAAUUUUCACGAGAAAGGAAGUUUGAGUUGUCCACUACAUGCUUCUAGAGGAGUAUUAUCUUUCUUUUCUACAAAACAAACGAAAGAUAUUCCAUUAACUUCUAAAGAGAAUUUAUCCAGUAGCAAGCAGGUAUCCUCUACAUAUCCUUGUGAACCAGGAACAUCAAGCUCAAGUAACAGUAAUUCCUGUUAUUCAUCUAGCCAAAAAGAUUACUCAUACUAUAUAGAUAAUCGAUUAAAAGAUGAACGAAUGAGUCAAGGGCCUAAGGAAUCUCAAGGAUUUCACUUUUCCAAUAUAAACACUACUGUGUCUGUUUUCCAUUCAUUUCCAAAUUUGCAGAGUGAGCAACUUUUUGCCAGAAACCGCAGUACGGACAGCCAUAAGCAAACAGCAACAGCCUCUCAUCAAGAAGAAUGUAAAGAAAAAGGAGAGCAAGAUUCUGCCGAGGAGAAAGUUACUUUUCCAUCUGAAGUUGAUCCUCAGGUUUUCUAUGAACUGCCAGAAGAGGUCCAGAAAGAAUUGUUGGCUGAGUGGAAUAGAGCUGCGUCAGAUUCCACAUAGGACAUAAAUAAGCUCAGCCAGGACAGGGGCUUCAAAUUUUAAGAAAGGGAGUUAUCAUUGUUCUCAGAUUAGUAGGAUUUGCAGCUCUUCAAUUAAGCACUGACAUUCAAUAAUGUAGAAAUCCAGUGGUUAUAAGAAGUACAUUCUGACACAACGCAUAAAAAUAUAACAAAAUAAUGUAAAAAUAUUGUCUUGUAAUUCUACAACUAUUUUAUAUUUCCAAUAAAAGGAAUCUCACUGUCAA